GCUGAGCGAAGGGCCCGGAGCCGAGCCCCUCACCUCUCUCUGCGGCCACGCGCCCCGAGGACCCCGCCCCUCGGAGGGCCCCGGCGCCUCCUGCGCACCGCCGAGGACGCUCGACGUGCUGGGCGCGGGGGCGGCGCACGGCAUGGUCACGACCACCGCCAACGCGAAGGUCAUCCGCGCCCUGGCCAGCCAGGCCGCCGGCGCGCGCGUCGCCGGGCACGUGCCGCGCACGCUCACGGAGCAGAAGCAGGCCUCGCGCGCGGCGGCGGGCGGCCGCCGGCACCCGCUGGGGGCGGAGGAGCUGCAGGCCCUCUUCGGCGAGAUCCUCGGCGGACCCGCGCGCGCCGCGCCCUCGGGCGCGAGGAGCGAGGAGCGCCCCGCGGGCGCCGCCCCGGGCUCGGACGGCGGCGCCGCGGGCGGGGAGGGCGCGGCCGGGCGCUGCGCCUCCGCAGGGCGCUCCGCGAGCCCCUGCCCCCGAGUCGGGCGGCGGGUGCUGGCACCCCCGCGCGCCGCGCCACGCGCCGGCGAUGCCCCUGGCUGGGCCCAGCGCCGGGUCGGCCUCACGCGCGCGCUGGAGGCGGUGCACGACCGCUGCGCCGCCGGCGCGGAGCUCGCCGCCACGGCGCACAGGUGCCUCGAGGCCCUGGGGGCCGCCUGCUCCGGCGCCCUGUCCGGGCCGGAGUUCCGCAUGGCCCCGUUCGACUGGUCGCCCGAGGUGGUGUUGGAGCUGUUCGGCUCCUGCGAGCAGGGCACCGCGCUGCGCAGCUCGGACGUCGACGUGCGCAUGUCCUUCACGCAGUUCCACGUGACGGACAAGGAGAGGCAGCUGAGGCACCUGCGGGCGGUGGCGGCCUCCCCGGGGGACCGGUUCGAGGUCGUCCGCCUCAUCGAGGCCAGGCUGCCGGUGCUGCGCCUGCGCUUCCUGGAGGGGGUCGGCCGCGGGCGCAAAGCCGAGGGGGCGCCGUGGCAGAGCCACGAGCGAAGGGAGGAGCGCGCGCGAGUGGACGAGACAGGGGAAAAACCCGGCGACCCGCGCAGGUUUUUCACGCCAGGCGUUGCCGCGCAGUUGCGGGCCCAGGGAUCCUCAAGAGUCGAUCCAGUCCGAAAAAUGCCGCGGAAAGACUGGGUCUGGGGCUCCAGUCGUUUUUCGCGAUGCUGCUAUUGUUGCGCAACGUCGAAGUUCUGGAGCCCACCCACCCAUCGCCGAAGCCUUCUCGCCCCCCCCACGGGUGCCUUGGCCCCCUCCCUCUGCUCGCCGCUGCCAAAGGGGGGCACCGACGUGGACCUCACCAUGGGC